ACUUUCAUUGGCUAAAAAAAAUAACAUUAUCAUCAUAUAAGAAAAAGAGCGCUAAAACAAAAUAUUGAUUAUUUACUGCAUUUUAAAAUUGAAAUAAAUAUCUAUUUACUUAAAAAAGAAUAUAAUGCAAGCUGAACAAGGAUAUGAACUCAUCAAACAAUUUAUGAGAACCACAGAACUCGUUCCACCAUUUGACGACGACAAAAUUCGAACAAUUCUGAAAGAAAUUGAUUCUACGUAUGGGCUGAACCAUGAAGAUGCAAAAACAUAUCAAAACACUAAAGAUCAGGCACUUUUACCGAUUGUCAAUUAUCGUCAUCUUACGAUGACGAGAAAUAAAAGAUGUGUUCUCGCCUAUUUGCACAAUCGUUUACAAAGAAUUAAGACAAUUCGAUGGGACGUUGGGCCUGUGAUUCCAGCAAGCAUGAAAGAUAAUAUGUGUGCUCCUGAAGUUUUGUGGUUCAACAAAUACUCAGAGUUACUGUCCAACUAUAUGAUGUCAUACAGCGAGGAAAGUGCUAUUAGUCUUACAGAUUAUAUGAAGCCACCCAAGUCGUUGUAUAUUGAGGUAAAAUGUCUCGUUGACGACGGAAAAUUCGAACUAGAGAAUGGAGAGAUAAUCAAUAUGCAAAAAAAUACGAUACAUUUUUUACCAAGGGCACAAGCUGAGCCUUUAAUUCGAAAGGGCGUUUUACAACACAUAAAUUAGGAGAUAUUUGCAUUCAUUUUACGUCAAAGGGUUAAUAUUGAUUCAAAUAAUACAAAUAAAAUAUAA